GUUUCUAUAAAUUCUGAGAACCUAACGUAAGAUUCAACCUCAACACUACAACUUCUUCGAGUUCAGAGAGAGAGAGCAAAAAAUGUCGAGACUUUUCCAUAACCAUUUUCUUCUCUUUCUCACCGUUUCACUUGUCUUGUCUUCUUCCAUUUCCAAGCUUUCGGCAAUGGCGGCUGGAGCGAAGAACACGGAGUUCAUCAGAACAUCCUGCGAGACAACCACGUACCCGCGGCUGUGCUUCAACUCCCUGUCGAGCCACGCGCGGCUCAUCCGAGCCGACCCGCAGCUCCUGGCGCACACGGCGCUCACCGUGACGCUCCAGACGGCGCAGUCGACUGUCGGCGCGAUGGGACGGCUGGCGAGGAGCCACGGCUUGACGCGCCGGGAGAUCGGCGCCAUGCGCGACUGCGUGGAGGAGCUGAGCGACUCGGUGGACGAGCUGAGGGAGUCGCUGGGCGAGAUGAAGCAGCUCCGGGGCCGGGAUUUCGAGAUGAAGAUGAAUGACAUACAGACUUGGGUUAGCGCCGCCCUGACGGACGAUGAUACCUGCACCGACGGGUUCGCCGGAAAAGUUACCCGGCGCGGUGUUAAGACCGCCGUGAGGGGAAAGAUCGUGAGGGUUGCGCAUCUCACUAGCAACGCCUUGGCUUUGAUUAACCGAUUUGCCGAACUACACGGUUGAAUCUCAAGAAACGCAGUUUUAUUAGUGUGUGUAAUUAAUGUUUGUAGAACCAAGCAAUGGGAACCUUUGCCUUAAUCAUAGUAUAUUAAGAUCCAUGUAAUUUAGACUUAAAAGAGUGUUUAUAUGUUUCGAAUUCCCUCUAAUAUGGAAAAACCACCCUUAAUUGGGUCGGCUCAGUGUGAA